AUGUGGCUGUUUAUUCUCUUCAUCGCUCUUCGAAGAAUCAGCGGCGACUCUUAUACAGAAGAGUUAAAAAUACGACGAUUAGCUCCCGGGAACAUUUUCACCGAAUUCCAGCUGGAUAUCAGUUCUGGCGACGUGCAGUUGGGUUCAGAGUACACGUUGUUUCCUCGGAUAUUGGCUGAAAUUAUUUCCUCUCACUCUGUGGUUGAGUUGUCGUUUCAUCUUACCCAAGGUCGCUGGUACAGCUCUACAUGGGGCUUACCACCUCAGCCCAGUGGCCCUACUGGAGGUGUGGUGCAUGCUUGGAUUCUGGGGAAUGCAACUACUGUCGAUGCGAAAUGGCGAGCUCUCAUAAACUCCUUGAAUGGAGUGUUCUGCACCGCAUUGACGAGCGUAGUCCCUGAACUUACUUCUUCACCAAAGUUCGGGUUCAAAAGACUCGAUACUGGUACUAGUUAUCAGAUGGAACUGCGCCACAGUGCACUUGGAAGAGAAACUGUUUGUGCAGAAAAUCUCACUCCGUGGAAGAAGCUUCUUCCAUGCAAACAAAGUGGUCUCGUCACCUUAUUCAACCCGAUCAAAUUGUACAAAAGUGUCUACCAUUCUAUGGGUUUCGAGCUUCAUCGAGCUUGCGAGGGUGAAGAAUGUAAAUGGCAGCUCCAUCUUGUAAUGAGCAAUGUUGUCGACAUUCCCAUAAAAAGUAGGAGAUUGGACUUCAGUACUUUCGAACUGUUUGGUCGGAGGACAACAGGGGUUUGCAAAGCAGCUGCAAGCAGUAAAAUGCUGGUUCAAAUGGACGACGAGAACAUGCGUCUCGAACCUGCUCCAUCGGAAAUCAUAACCAAGUUGGAAGACCGCUUUGCCGUUUAUGAUCUCCAAAACAACAAAACGGAAUAUCCUUUCUCAGUGUCUGCCUUUUAUGGAUCACCGUUCAGUCCCAAAUCCGCCCAGAUGCAUGCUCUGGUUAGCGUAUCCUCUUUCGUCGGAGGCAGUGACCAAGUUGCUGGAGUUUUGGCAUCAGUGCUCACAAACGCAGGCGAGACUCAACGCGUCAUUUACUCUCAUCAACUACCUUGGUUCUUGCUGAUUUAUUAUCACACAAUCACUUUAACUUGCAAAGAUUUGCUGAGUGGUCAGAAACAGGUACCUAUUAUUUAUGACCGCUAUUUCGCUCCUUCUAUUACACGGGAAAAACCAGCCCUCCUUGAAUGGGAUCUCGACAUUCCUCGGAAAUCAGAAUGCCGCCUGCAAAUCAGUUUUGACAAGGCAUUUAUGAGAAUCCGAGAAUAUCCUCCCGACGCCAACCAUGGUAUGUAUGUCCCCGCUGCGACUCUUACACUAGUUCGCAAUAGUUCUCUAGUACAGGAGAACGGGAAUACUACAAGAGAAGGGCCCAUUACUCUGUACGGAAAUACGCUCCUCAUCGUACUUCCCGUGCCGGAUUUCAGCAUGCCUUUCAAUGUCAUUUGUUUUGUCAUGACGACAGUUUCUCUUUGCUUUGGACCCAUUCAUAGUUUUUCAACAAAAAUGCUGAUUCCUGUAAACUCAGCUCUGCCCAGCUCAUCUCUUGCAAGAAAAGCCUUCCGCCUCUUUUUACUGACUAUGCUAGUCCUAGCUUCCUAUGCUCAGUACAAGGAAAUGAGUCUUCACGAAAUACGAAGAAGCAUAGAACAUUUCUUCGAUAAGAUGAACAGUGUAUAA